GAGCCUCUCGCAUGCGUGGCGUGCCGGAGUCGGAAGUUGAAGUGCGACCGGAUCAAGCCUGCAUGCACGAGGUGCUCCAAGCUCAAGGCCGAGUGUCAGUAUCCAGAGUCCAGAAGGAAGCCUGCAUUCAAAAGGAGGAAUGUCAAGGAGCUGGAGGAGCGCCUAGCUCAGGUGGAGGUGCUAUUGAAAGAUGCUGCUGGCAAGACGGGGCCUGCUCCCGAGGGCAGCAGUGAUAGGCAGGAGGGCUCGAUCGACUCCUCGAGACAGAAGUUCACGGACGAAUCCCUCAACUGGAGCUUCGCCGACAAUAACGUUCCCGGCCUGGGUGAGAAUGUGAAUAGUCAUAGCAACGUACCGCCCAUGGGGUGGGGUGCACCCUUCACCACGCCAGACAUGCGGUACAAGCCCAGGCAGGAGAAUGCCGGGGCGACUAGCUAUGAGCUGCUGGGUCUCGGGCUCUUCGAGGCCCUGCCACCUACCAAGAUGAUUGAGGAGCUACAUCAGACAUACUUUGUAAAGCAACACCCCCUCAUCCCUAUCGUCCACCCUGGGCGGUACAUGACAGCCUUCUACUCGGCCCCUCACCUGAGACCACCCAUGGCCUUGCAAUAUGCCAUCUGGACCAUGGCCACAAACAGCCAUGAGAAGUACUCGGGCUAUCAUGACGCUUUUCACCGUCGUGCUCGCCAUUAUCUCGAAGAAGACGAACUUAGAGUAUACGGCGAGCACUUCCUCACCGUUGCUCAUGCCCAGGCUUGGGCUCUCAUAUCCACCAACGAGGCCAGGUGCAUGUGGUUCACUCGGGCUGCCAUGUCCGCAGCUCGCUGUAUUAAGCUCUUGCACAUGUUGGGCCUACACAAACUUGACGACCCCGACGCUGUGCACAGAAUGUCGCCCACACUUGCACCUCCGAAAGACUGGACCGAGCUGGAAGAGAGGAGACGAACCUUCUGGGGUGCAUUUGCAAUCGAUUCUCAUGCAUCCAUCAGCACAGGCUGGCCGACGUUGAUCGACCCAGAGGAGGUCACCACGCAUCUUCCUAGUUCCGAAGAAGCAUUCAACAACGGUCAUGAGGAGACCACUUGCGGGCUACUGGAUGUCUUUUCGGGCUCGCCCUACUCAGCCUUCGCCGGUGCCGCCGUAAUAUGCCAUUUAUUCAACUUAAUCAUGAAACAUGUCCACCAUUCGAGGCAGGACGAUGCCGCAGACGAUUACGAAUAUGGCAAUUACUGGAAUAAGCAUCGAGAGCUGGACAACCUGCUGUCCAGCACCUUUAUGUUUUUACCAGAAGGAUUCCGUCUGCCGGCACACUUGAGGGAUCCAAUCGCGGUUCACACGAAUCUCAAUCUGCAUGCUUCGGUGAUUUGUCUUCACAACAGUGCCUAUGAGAAGGCAAAAGAACACAACUUGCCUGAUGUCAUCAAGAUGACGAUCAAGACCCGUCUUGUGACCGCCGCCCAAGAGGUGGUACACAUUGUCAAGAUGACCUCUCAUUCAAACGCCGGCUACAGGAGUCCUCUUGUCGCGCUCGCACUCUAUGUUGCUAGCUCUGUCUGUAUCAUACAGACCCAGGGGGAGGAAGGCUUCUCACCAAAGAUCAAGGCAGACCUCGAAUUCCUCGUCAUGGCCAUGGACGCCAUCGGCAAACAACACCUCAUCACCCUCAACUUCCUUCGGCAACUCAUGGUGGAUCUCGAACGCGCGAACCUAAUCCAUCUCCUCCGCAUCCCAGACCGCAACAAAUAUACAGGUGAAACCGUCUCGGUUGCGCCGUGUGGCAAUAAUAUUCCCCUGUUUGCACGGUCCCAAGCCUCGAGGAAGACCGACAUCUUGCCACCUUUGCCCGGAAGGCUACCUCUGAGCAAGCCGAUCGGC